GAGAGAGCACCCAGAAGUGUUCGUAUCUAGGCAACGAAUGCAAAUACUGGGCCAGGGAGUUGUUCAUCUAUCUGUAACAAGCUUCACUCAACUUUUCAUCGUUAUUACAGAUGAUACUCAAGAAUUAGGAAACAACCUUCAGCAUCUGGUUCAAAUGCCUCAGGUGUCAUCUGCAUGAUCUCAAAGACACGAUCGUCAAAAACUGAUGAAAACAUGAGCACCAAUGAAACCAAGAGAAGACACAGUCCUCCAGAGAAAAUGCAUGGCAGUAUCUACACUCAAGCACAACGUGGUGUAGAACCCGAUAGGAGAGCAGAUCAAUACAGCCAGCUGUUCCCAAGCAAACCUGUAAACCCAAGAAGACCCAACUACCCCAAGACACACAACUCACAUGAUCUGUUUGAUUUUGAGAAAAUAACUAUUACCAAGCAACAAAGAGGGCCUUUGUCUUCCCGAGAUCAUCAUUCAACAGGCAGAGAGACCUCUGGAUCCAGACAUCCGCAAAGAAAGGACACACUAAGACUGGCCAGGGGAGAACUGGAGAUGACCAGAAGAAUUCAAGAAGAACAGCUCAUGCUACAUGAUAAGCUGUGGAAGCUUGAGGCAAAAGUACGAGAAAAAAUACAUAGAGAUGUUAAAGAUGCUGCUCAUGACUACGACAGGGGUCAAGCAGAGAGGAGGGAAACUCAGAAACAAACCAGACUGCCUGAGCAACAGAGGAGAGAACCAGUGAGAACCAGAGGAAUGCAAGACAGAAGACAUGAAGAUGGUAAACAACAGAUAGAGAGGCAGGAUCAGAGGAUGGAGGACAGAAUGAGAUACACACAUGAAGAAAAAAAGACCACCUGGAAAGAAGAAAGAAGAGAAGUAGACUCUGAACAUCUGCAAAGAAAAGGGCGUCAAGGAACUCAAAUGAACAAAUCAAGGUUUGAAAAUGUGAAAGAGCACGCAAGAGGAAAAGGAGGGUAUGAAGCAGAUGAUGGCAUUUGUAAAAAAAGAGGAGAGAGGCCAACAGAGAAAGCAAAAGAAAGAGAGCAAAGCUCAACUUCUCUGGUUGAUAAAGGUCGGACAAGAGAGAGGAAAUACAGGGAGAUGUAUGAAUCAGACAAUAACCCUCAAGUAACUCAGAUGAGUCAACACAAAACUUCUCACCAAGCUGCCACACAGAACUACAGAGGCGCUGAGAGAAAGCAGCCGAAGGAGCCCCUGCAUCCACCAGAUUAUAGUUCCUCUCAUUCCAGGAGACAGGAACAAGAGCAGCUCAGCCGUAUGGACAGUGAGAACCCCAGCUUCCAGCUUCUUCCUUGCAAAGUCUGCAACCGAAAGUUUGCAAGCAAAAGAUUAGAGAAGCACGUCCUCAUCUGUGAGAAGGACAAACAUUCACAGCGUCAGGUCUACAACUCCUUCGCUCAUAGGGUCAAAGGAAGCAGCUUGGAGGAUUACCUGAAAACCCACUACAGAUCCAAAACUCCUGAGUUCGGAUCGUCUUUUAAGGGCCGUCCCAAACAGUUAAUGAAAAAGCUGUGAUGGGUUUGAAAGGCAUCAGGGAGAGUAAAAAGCAAAUAUGGUUUUUAUUGCAAGUGAGCUGACCCUGCUGAACUCUUGUUUUGUCUCGUCUCUGUCAUGUACCUUGUCUUCUUCAUAUAAAUGCAUUCCCUGUCUCGGA